CCCGGAGGCUGGAGAGUAUAGUCGUAGGCGUAGUAGGGAUUGUAGCCUACGGAAAAGAGAGAAAUAGGAUCCUGGUCACACGGCCGGUGAAAUGCUAAAGCGCGCUCCCUCCUGUAUAUAACUGCCCUUCGCCUUAGCUGUGGUGCUGAUUCCUCCACCUUCGCUUCAACUACACUUCUCAACUCAGGCUCCAUUGACAAGUUGCACCAUGUGGUUCUCGACUGCUCUCAUCUCUCUGCUCGCCACGACUGCGUGUGCCCAGUACGACGCCCCGCUUGGACCCGACAAGGACGGCAAGUACGAGGUCUCCGCUGAUGGCAUUCGAGCACUCUUCAUCCCCUACGGCGCUUCCGUCUCCAACCUCUUCAUCAAGGGCAAGGACGGCGUUGAGCGCGAUGUCGUCCUGGGCUUCGACAAUGCGACGGCUUACGAGGGCAAGGUACACCCCCAUCUGGGAGGUGUACCUGGUCGCUAUGCGAAUCGCAUCAGGAACAGCAGCUUCGUCAUCGACGGAGAGGAGUAUCACAUUGAGCCCAACGAGCACAACAACAACAACACCCUGCAUGGUGGACCAGACGGCUGGGACUACCGCAACUUCACUGUUGUGUCGCACACCAAGAACUCGAUUACCUUUUCCAUUGUCGAUCCGGAUGGCAAGGAGGGCUUCCCGGGUGAGGUUGUGAGCUACGUGACUUACACCAUGACUCCGAACACUUGGAAGAUCAAGAUUGUGGCCCUCGCAACUACAAAGAAGACGCCCAUCAUGCUGACCUCUCACACCUACUGGAAUCUUGAUGGCUUCGCUAAUCCCGACGACCCAACUGCCCUCAACCACACGUUCCAUCUACCCUACUCCGGCCAGCGCGUUAGUGUUGAUGGCAUCUUGAUUCCUGAUGGCAUCAUCCUCCCCAAUGAGAAGUACUCGGUCAAUGACUUCUGGUCCGCACCCAAGCAAAUCGGUGCUAACCUUACUGCGCCCACGCUCCUCGGCAACUGUGGCACCAACUGCACCGGAUACGACAACUGCUACAUUGUCAACCGCGCCCAAAAUGGCCCUUACGACUGGCGCACCUCUGGACCUGUCGCUUCCCUGUCGAGCGAGUGGUCGGGUAUCAAGGUCGAUAUCUUCUCGGAUCAAGAGGCUUUCCAAAUGUACAGCUGCGGGGGUCAGGACGGUACACUGCCUAUCAAGUCCACCCAAGGUCUAAAAGGCCGUGAAGCGUUCGUGCAACAGUACGGCUGCGUGGUCAUGGAGGUCCAGGACUGGAUUGACGCCAUCAACCGGCCCGAGUGGCAGCGCGAGAAGAAGCAGAUUUUCGGUCCUGCCGGUCCUGCCUAUACGCUGGAAGCUGACUACGUCUUUUCUACGAUCUCCUAGUCGCUUGGACAAGAUCAUUGGUGGCGGUUAGGGUAGAAAUGCGAUAACCUAGAUGUGGCACAAGAGUGGCACCUCACCAGGCCUGGAUAGAGUAAUAAGAUACCCACGGGUUCGAUGAUUUAUGGUAGGAGCUAGGCACCCUUUGGGGUAUAAUAAUGGUAAUGAGGGUCCGGUUCGGUCCCUCUUUCACUUCCUCAGUCACCUCCCACUUGUGCUGUCCGUCGUAGCAGCCUAAUUACCCAG